AUGUAUAGUUUAUUGUUAAAUUAUGCUUCCAUUGUAUUCCUACUUAUCCUAUCCAUAUUCAUUGAAACAAGCAAUGCUCAAUUAAGAAACAACGAUUCCAAUACGGUAACACCACCACCAGGUUAUGCAUUUGCACCCGGCUAUGGUUCAUCCCAAUAUCAACCAAGAGUUCAGAAAACCAGUGGUGACUGCAAUAAUUGUAAUCAACCAUGUUUUUGUAUAGCACAAAAAGGAGAUCAGGGUCCAGCUGGUCCAAUGGGUCCUACGGGUGCUCGAGGGUCAGAUGGUGUUCCUGGUCCUGAAGGACCUGAGGGUAUGAAAGGAGAAAAAGGUGAUCGGGGUUUACCCGGUCUACCUGGUCAAAAAGGUGACAGAGGGCGAUCCGGUGAACCUGGAAUGCCUGGCCAUCCCGGUUUGCCUGGUCUUCCGGGUCCAAGAGGACCAGAAGGUUUACCUGGUCGUGAUGGUUGUAAUGGAACAAAGGGAGAACCUGGCCGAUCAGGAUUUAAUGGACAGCCCGGUCGUCCCGGUGAACCUGGUCUACCUGGACUAAGAGGACCGAAAGGUGAACCUGCACAAGCUUUACCCGGAUUUAAAGGAGAAAUCGGAGAAAUGGGACCUCCUGGUCUUCCCGGUGCUGCUGGCCCUGCUGGCAAUCCUGGCUUGCCUGGAGCACCAGGUGGAGUUGGUUUUCCUGGACGUGAAGGUACUAAAGGUGAACGAGGUGAAUCAGGUCGUCCAGGUAACGCUGGAGUUGGACUUAGUGGUGAAAAAGGUCAAAAAGGAGAGCCUGGAUCAUCUGCUCCCUAUACACCACCAUCAAUCGCUGAAAUACAAGGUAACUACAGUUAUGUUCCAUUAUCGAUUCCUGGCGCACCGGGUCAAAAGGGUGCUAUGGGACCUAAAGGAGAACCUGGAGAGAUUGGUUAUCCAGGUGCACCUGGUUCUGCUGGACCACCAGGUUUACCCGGUGAAAAAGGUGUACCAGGUCCUGUCGGACCUCGUGGUCCUACUGGAAUGCCUGGUCAAGCUGGUUUUCCUGGACAAGCAGGUGAUCGUGGUAGCCCUGGUUAUCCUGGUCAACCAGGCAGUCCCGGAAGACCUGGUCAAAAUGGUUUACCAGGAGAAAAAGGUGAUCGUGGUUUUCCUGGUAUGCCUGGCAUGUGUUUACCUGAUCAAGGAACUGAUUCAUUACCUGGACAACCUGGACCAGCAGGACCGAAAGGAGAACGCGGUCCACCUGGAUCACCCGGUUAUCCCGGACCACCCGGUUUACCUGGAAGCCAAGGACCAAAAGGUGACCGUGGUUUUGAUGGAUUACCUGGUAGUCCUGGUCAACCUGGACGUGAUGGCAUGAAAGGCGAAAAAGGAGAUAGUGGACGACAUGGUGAUCCUGGUCCAUCUGGAUUUCCCGGUCCACAAGGUUAUCGUGGAGCUAAAGGUGAACCCGGUCCUAAAGGUGAACCUGGUCGUGCAAUUGCUGGUCCACCUGGUCUUGAUGGUUAUCCAGGCCAAUCUGGUCCACCAGGACAAAAAGGUGAAUCUGGUCCGCGUGGUGCACCUGGCUUACCUGGAAAUUCAACUGCCGGUGUCGGUUUACCUGGUCCACAAGGACCAAUCGGUCCACCCGGUAGUUCUGGUGCACCUGGUUUUCAAGGUAUUGCCGGUAUGAAAGGAGCUAAGGGAGAUCGCGGUCUUGAUGGUGUAUGUGGUACUCGUGAUGGUUUGAAAGGUAGCAAAGGUGAACCAGGCUAUCCUGGAGAAGCUGGUACACCUGGUCAACGUGGUACAUCCGGAGAAAAAGGUGAUCGAGGUGAUGUUGGUCCGCAAGGUUAUCCUGGUAAUGUUGGUCCAGCUGGUGCACCUGGUCGUAAUGGUAACGAUGGUAUACCAGGUGAAAAAGGAGAAAAAGGAGAACCAGCUCGUGUUGCAACAGUACAAGGAAUCUCAGGAGAAAAGGGAACACCAGGUCUUCCCGGUUUGAAAGGUGAUCGUGGUGAAAAAGGCGCACCAGGUUAUAGUGGUCGUGAUGGUCAACCAGGUGCUAUGGGAUCAGUUGGACCAAAAGGUGAUGCUGGCUAUCCUGGUCAACCAGGUCCACCAGGUAGUCCAGGUCCAAUGGGUGAUAUUGGUCCACCAGGUGCUACACUUCCAGGUGAAAAAGGAGAAAAGGGUAUUCCAGGUCCAGUCGGUAUUCCUGGUCCACAUGGUACUGCAGGUCAAAAAGGAGAACCAGGUCGACCAGCACCUUCAGGAUUAUCAGCAAUGCCAGGUCCACAAGGAGAAAAAGGUGAUCGUGGAUCAGCAGGCCUUCCGGGAGCCCCAGGACUUCCAGGUCCAAAUGGUUUACCAGGAUUAUCGGGAACACAUGGAGCUAAAGGUGAACCAGGUCUACCAGGUAUUCCAGGUCUUCCCGGACCAAAGGGCAUUACAGGCUAUCGUGGAGAACCAGGUAUUCCGGGUCGUGAUGGAACAUCAGGUCUUCCAGGUCCAAAAGGAUUUGAUGGAGCACCAGGUUUAUCAGGUCGUCCAGGAGAAAAAGGAGAACCAGGACUUCCAGGUCCAGGCUUUCCAGGAGCACCAGGCUCUGUUGGUCCUGCUGGUGAACGUGGAUUUUCAGGCUUACCUGGACCAAUGGGUGAAAGUGGAUUGCCAGGCAUGAAAGGAGAACCUGGUCUACCCGGUGUUAAUGGUCUUCCAGGACCUGUGGGCAUGAAAGGUGAACGAGGAGAACCAGGUAUUGGUGGACAAAAAGGUGAUCAAGGUCUACCAGGUGCACCCGGUAUUGAUGGCUUGCCAGGUCUUCCUGGACCACUUGGUCCACCAGGUGCUCCCGGUUUAGUCGGAGAAAAAGGUUUUGCUGGAUUACCUGGAACCAAAGGAGAACCAGGCUUACCAGGUCUACCAGGAAUGAAAGGAGAACGUGGUUUAAAUGGAGCUCCAGGAUUGAAUGGUGCACCAGGUUUACCAGGUGAAAAAGGUGUUCCAGGCUUUCCAGGAGCCUCAGGAUCAAGUGGAUUACCAGGUCUUCCAGGUACUUCAGGAACAAAGGGUGACCGAGGUCAACCGGGUUUACCAGGACAAGCUUGUACAUCAUGUAUUCAGGGUCAACGAGGUGAUCGAGGUUUACCAGGUACACCCGGUCUUCCGGGUCAAAAAGGAGAACCAGGCGCAGCUGCUGCACGUGGACCUUCAGGCGAACGUGGACCACCAGGUCUUCCAGGUGCACCAGGCCUUCCAGGAGCCCCAGGUAAAGAUGGAUUACCGGGUCUUCCAGGUGCUAAAGGAGAACGUGCUAUUGGUCAAGCAGGUAUCAAAGGAGCUAUCGGUGAACCAGGUCUUCCAGGUCCAGCGGGUUUACCAGGAUCUCCUGGUGAACGUGGCUUUCCAGGCAGUGCUGGAACUCCUGGUAUACCGGGUGAACGAGGUUUACCAGGUCCCAGUGGUUUACCAGGCGCACCUGGACUUCCUGGUGCUGUUGGACAAAAAGGUGAUAAUGGAUACAAUGGAUUACCUGGACCUAAAGGUGAAGCAGGUCCACCAGGUUUGAAUGGACCACCAGGCAUAAACGGUCUUCCGGGAGGCAAAGGUGAAUCAGGUUUACCAGGUCGAGAUGGUGGUGCUGGUUUACCAGGUCUUAAAGGUGAACGUGGUCUUAAUGGAUAUCCAGGUGUUCCGGGAGCUAAAGGUGCUGCUGGUGCACCAGGCUUACCAGGCGCACCAGGUCUUGCUGGUCCACCAGGUCCUUCUGGCGCUAAUGGACUUCCAGGACUAAAAGGAGAUGCAGGUUUACCGGGCUUACCAGGCUCAAAUGGUCCACCAGGAUUGAACGGCGCACCUGGCCUUUCUGGUGAUGCUGGCUUACCAGGUGCACCAGGUCAAAAAGGUGAACCAGGUUAUGCUACAGCUGGUCCUAAAGGCGAAUCAGGUCCAAGUGGUCGUGAUGGCAUGCCAGGUCUUCCAGGAGAGAAAGGAAACUCAGGUUUAGUCGGUCCAUCUGGUCUGCCUGGUCGAGAUUGUGAUACACCUAUUGUUGGACAAAAAGGUGAUGCUGGCCUUCCAGGUCUUCCAGGUUCACCAGGUUUACAAGGUCCACCUGGUGCAAUGGGUAAAGACGGUCUUCCCGGUGCUCCCGGUUUACCAGGUAUUCCAGGUCCUAAAGGACGUGAUGGACUCCCAGGUUCAAAUGGUUUACCAGGUCUUCCAGGUGAACGUGGCUUUGCUGGAAUGCCAGGCCAACCCGGCUUACCAGGCGAAAAAGGAACUAGUGGAUUUCCCGGCACUCCAGGCAUUCCCGGACCAAAAGGUGAUCGUGGUUUUGAUGGUCGUCCUGGCUCUCCUGGAUUACCCGGUGCACCUGGUCCAAAAGGUGAAUGUGCUCCACCAGAUCUAGUUGUUGGCCGUCCUGGUUUGAAAGGAGAUCAAGGUCCAGCAGGAUUACCAGGUUUGCCUGGACUUCAAGGACCAAUAGGUCCAUCUGGUCCACGAGGAGAAACUGGUCCACCAGGACAACCAGGUCAACCAGGUUUACCAGGUUAUGUUGGUCCUAAAGGUGAACGUGGUGCUUCAGGUAUUCCAGGUGUUAGUGGUAUUGCUGGUCCACCAGGUGCUAGUGGUCCUCCUGGUCCACCAGGUCCUGGCCUUCAACGAACUGGUUUUCUCGUUGUACGUCAUUCACAAUCAGCUCAAGUACCCGAAUGUCCAGCAGGCAUGGUUAAACUUUGGGAUGGUUAUAGUUUACUUAUGAUGCAAGGCAAUGAUCAUGGUUAUCAUCAAGAUCUUGGUUCGGCUGGUUCAUGUCUUCAAAAAUUUUCUGCAUUACCAUAUUUACGUUGUGAUCAUACAAAUGUUUGUUAUUAUGGUCAAACAAAUGACUUAACAUAUUAUUUAUCAACCACAGAACCAAUGCCAAUGAUGCCUGUUCAACGUGAUCAAAUUCGACCAUAUAUAUCACGUUGUGCCGUAUGUGAAGCACCUGCCAAUGUUAUGUCAUUCCAUAGUUUAUCAAUGACACCACCACCAUGUCCAAAUGGUUGGAACAUCCUAUGGCAAGGUUAUAGUUUUGUAAUGCAUCUUGGUCGUGGUGCCCAAGGUGGCGGUCAAUCAUUAUCAAGUCCUGGUUCAUGUCUUGAAGAUUUUCGUGCAACACCAUUUAUUGAAUGUUCAGGAACAGAUGGUAAUUGUAUGUAUUAUGCAAAUAAAUUUAGUUAUUGGAUGACUGUUAUUGAUCAAAAUAAUCAAUUUGAAAUCCCACGACAAGAAACAUUAAAAUCUGGCAAUCAUAGAAAUAAAAUAAGUCGUUGUACGGUGUGUUUAAAAACACAACAAGGUAUUGGACAAGGUGGUUAUCAAAAUGGAAACUAUUAUGUUGGACAAACAUUGAAAAAACAUUAG